AUGAGUUCUGUACUGGCAGACCGUCCUAAAUCAGAGCUAACAGCAGAAGAGUUAGAGCAGUUAGAAGAGUUUGAAUUUAAAAAUGGUCCACUUUCUCUUAUAAAUGAUUCUGUAACUACAAAGAAUCCAGUGAUCAUUUCACUGAGGAAUAAUCACAAGAUUAUUGCAAGAGUAAAAGCAUUUGAUAGGCAUUGUAAUAUGAUUUUAGAAAAUGUAAAGGAAUUAUGGACUGAAAAAAAGGGUAAAAGAGUCGUCAAUAAGGAAAGAUUUAUUAGUAAACUUUUCCUUAGAGGGGAUUCUGUAAUUGUUAUAUUAAAGGCACCGGUUCAAUAA